AACGAAAUCAGGAAGUAUGAGAGAGCCCAGAGCCAGGGCUCUACAGAGCUGGGUGUCAGGGCUGGCAGGGAAGAAAUCUGUAAUCCCAGCUCCCAGCCGUCACAGGGCCAUUUCAACUAGCCCUGCCUGUGUCCCAGGGUCCUUGACUAUCAGGAUGUUGUGGGUACUUCCCAGGAAUAACUGCUGCAAGCCUUGAGGGUGCCAGGGGUGCCACCCCGUCCUACAAGUGGGCAUCCCCUGAAGCCGCGAUGGGCUCAGCUCCUGGACUUGCCACAGACAGAGAGCAUAACACAUACUUGCCAGGGAGAGCCUGAUUCAAGGCCACUCAGAGCGUGGGGGAGAGGAAAUGCAGAGCACCGCCAACUACCUGUGGCACACAGAUGAGCUGCUGGGCCAGGGGGCGACUGCCAGUGUGUACAAGGCCCGCAACAAGAAAUCCGGGGAGUUGGUCGCUGUGAAGGUCUUCAACACCGCCAGCUACCUGCGCCCCCGCGAGGUACAGGGGAGGGAGUUCGAGGUCCUGCGGAAGCUGAAUCAUCAGAACAUCGUCAAGCUGUUUGCAGUGGAGGAGACGGGGGGAGGCCGGCAGAAGGUGCUGGUGAUGGAGUACUGCUCCAGCGGGAGUCUGCUGAGCGUGCUGGAGAGCCCAGAGAAUACCUUCGGGCUGCCGGAGGACGAGUUCCUGGUGGUUCUACGCUGUGUGGUGGCCGGCAUGAACCACCUGCGGGAGAACGGCAUCGUGCACCGGGACAUCAAGCCUGGCAACAUCAUGCGCCUCAUUGGAGAGGAGGGACAGAGCAUCUACAAGCUGACAGACUUCGGGGCUGCCCGGGAGCUAGAUGACGAUGAGAAGUUCAUCUCUGUCUACGGGACAGAGGAGUACCUGCACCCUGACAUGUAUGAGCGGGCAGUGCUUCGCAAGCCCCAGCAAAAGACAUUUGGGGUGACUGUGGAUCUCUGGAGCAUCGGGGUGACCCUGUACCACGCAGCUACCGGCAGCCUUCCUUUCGUCCCUUUUGGUGGGCCCCGGCGCAACAAGGAGAUCAUGUACCGCAUCACCACAGAGAAACCAGUUGGGGCCAUUGCAGGUACCCAGAAGCGUGAAAACGGGCCCCUGGAAUGGAGCUACACUCUCCCCAUCACCUGCCAGCUGUCCAUGGGGCUGCAGAGCCAGCUGGUGCCUAUCCUGGCCAACAUCCUGGAAGUGGAGCAGGCCAAGUGCUGGGGCUUCGACCAGUUCUUUGCGGAAACCAGUGACAUCCUGCAGCGAGUUGUCGUCUAUGUCUUCUCCCUGUCCCAGGCCGUCCUGCACCGUGUCUACAUCCACGCCCACAACACGAUAGCCAUCUUUCUGGAGGCCGUGUAUGAGCAGACCAAUGUGGCCCCCCACCACCAGGAAUACCUCUUUGAGGGUCACCUCUGUGUUCUUGAGCCCAACCUCUCAGCACAGCACAUCACCCACACAACUGCCAGCAGCCCUCUGACCCUGUUCAGCAUGGCCAGCGAGACUCCAAAGGGGCUAGCCUUCAGGGACCCUGCUCUGGACAUCCCCAAGUUCGUCCCCAAAGUGGACCUACAGUCAGAUUACAACACGGCUAAGGGUGUGCUGGGCGUUGGUUACCAGUCCCUGCGGCUGGCUCGGAUCCUGCUAGACGGGCAGGAGCUAAUGCUUCGGGGGUUGUACUGGGUCGUGGAGGUGCUCCAGGCCACAUGCUGUCGGACUCAGGAGGUCACACGGACAGCCCUCUUCUUCCUCAGCAGCAGCCUGGGCACUGAGAGGUUGAACAGCACAGCGGAGACACCUGAGGUCCAGGAGCUGAAGGAGGUUGCAGAUCUGAGGUCCAGGUUGCAGACUCUGGCUGAGGUUCUCUCCAGAUGUUCCCAGAAUAUCACAGAGACACAGAUAAGCCUCAGGGACCUCAACUCAGCGCUGGUGAAGAACCGGGAUCAGGUACAUGAAGACAGAAGCAUCCAGCAGAUUCAGUGUUGUGUGGACAAGAUGAGCCUCAUCUACAAACAGUUUAAGAAAUCGAGGAUGAGGCCAGGGCUCGGCUACAAUGAGGAGCAGAUUCACAAGCUGGAUAAGGUGAAUUUCAGUCAUUUAGCCAAAAGACUCCUGCAGGUGUUCCAGGAGGAGUGUGUGCCAAAGUACCAAGCAGCCCUGGUCACACAUGGCAAGAGGAUGAGGGAGGUGUAUGAGACCAGGACCCACCUGCGCCGGGUCAGCUGUUCUGUGACCUCCUGCAACACAGAAGCGCAAGGAGUCCAGGAGAACCUAAGCAAGAUCCUAGACCAGCUAUCCUACCAGCUCCUUCAGGACAGAACAAAAGAGGUACAGACCUCACCACCCCCCAUAGCUCCUCACCCCAGUCCUGCGCCAAAGGACCUGGUUCUCCACAUGCAGGAGCUCUGUGAGGAGAUGAGGUUGCUGGCCUUUGACCUGCAGGACAACAACCGCAUCAUCGAACGAUUAGGUAGACUCCCAUCAGCUCCUGACGUCUGAGCUGUGGUGGGCGUGUGAGGCAUCCAGAGCAUUAGAAUCAUUCACACACUGCUCUUCUGCACUGCGGGACCCAACCCAGGGUGAGAUCUGGUCCCAUCUCAUCAGCCUACCUCCCUCCUGGCCACUGGUCGGGAGAUGUCAUCAUCAGCAUUACCUUCCAAUGUCUGUUCCCCUGGGAAGCUGCACAGCCGACUCUGUCACGAUCCACAGGAAAGUGCAGCAGCCACUGCCUGGACCAUCCUUUGUGCUUUCUCCAGGCUCUGGGACUGCUGCUCUGUCACCCAGGCCUGGAGGCCUGAACCUGGCAAGGCUGUGGGGAAAAGAGACUCCCACAGGCCCUCCCACCCCUUCUGCACUCCCCAGGCAUCAGCAGAGGAGGCCUUCUGGGACUUCCCCGGGGUACAGGUCAAACAACCUCACCUCCAUCUUCCUUCCUCUUCCUCUUAAGGUGUUUCACACUGAAUACCCCCCACCUCCUGGGUCCCCUAGUUUCACCAUGUUUGGCCACAGAUAACACAGAGGCCAGUUGUCCCUCUGUUCUUGGUCUGGAUGAGCCUCAGGUUGAGAAAAUGGGUGGUGGGCCAAGUGCCUGUGCCUCAGGGACUCUUUGCUUGCCUUCUGGCUCUAAUGCAUCAUCUGGUCCUGGGCUGCCGCUAGGCAGUGCUGACGGGAGCCCUGCCAAUGAGCGCGGGCCUGUAAGCCCAGGGCCCUGAGCAGAGAGCAGGCCUGCACCUUCGAGAAAUAGAAUAAAUUUCUCUGUUACUGGGCUGAGAGGCAGGGAAGGUCCUCAGCUGGGUGUACUUGGCAACCAAUCAGGGCUGGGUGGGGAUCUGUGAGAAGCAUUGGAGGCAGCUGGUCUUACCUGAUUCCUGCCUUUCCCCUAAGUGGGCCCAAAUUUCAGGGAACAGCCCAAGGAAGACGUCCUCUUACUCGGGGAGGAGAGGUAUUAUUUGCCAUUCCUUCCAUUUUCCUUACCCUUGUCCUUUGAAGACUUGCAUAAGGUCCUGAAACUUGGGGAGAAAAAAAAAUGUCUAUCUUUUCUUAAACUCCACAUCCACCUUCUAAAUACUUGCUGCUUUUCGCCAUCCCCACUACUGUUCAAAAACACCUAAGCUGAACGCAUGGUGGCCCAUGCCUGUAAUCCCAGUGGUUCAGGAGGCUGAGGCAGGAGGGUUGUGAGUUCAAAGCCAGCCUUAGCAAUUUGGCAAGGCCUUAAGCAACUUAGCAAGACCCUAUCUCUAAAUAAAAUACAAAAAAGGCUGGGGAUGUGGCUCAGUGGUUAAGUGCCCCUGAGUUAAAUCUCUGGUACCCUUCUCCCACCAAAAAACAAAACAAAACAAAAACAAAAGAUGUGGAGAGCUCUGGUGCCCCCCCCCCCCAGAAAGGAAGGGCAAAGUAGACCUAGGCCUAUGACCAGAAAUUCCUAUAAGAAGCUCAGACAUCUGAAGACCCCAUAAACUUCCUUCCCUGCUCCUGGCAAAAAAAAACCCUAGGCUGUGUCCUAAGUAUGUUUUGAAUGUUUACAUUAUUUUUCUUAGAAGCCAGAGUGGUGUCUGGGUAAGUUAUUCUAAUUAAUGCAAACUGCCUGCACAAUUUAGUCUGUUCCCUGCCCGCACCUCCAAGCUUCCUUAACCAGAGCUGCACUACCCACCUAGCUUGGGCGGUGGAGGAAGUGGGUGGGUGGCAGCCCCAGGAGGACAGGAAGAUGAGCAGGGAGCCCCACUAUGAGCUUCAAAUCAUGAAGAUGACAUUGGGCUUGACCCCACAUAACCCCGGAGAUGUAUCCUGUCCAUCUUCAUGGGAGGCUUCAUGUCCUCAGAGGCUACUCCGUCUCAAUUGGAAACUGUUUUGCCCAGUGACCCCUCAGGGCUAGAGUGAGGAAGGCCAAGUCCUGGAGACUGUUGUCCUUGUCUGCUCUGCUGGAGUCAAGUUCAGGCCAAUAGUUCUGGCUCAUCAAUGGCCCCACAGGAAAGUCCCAUAGUGGAUUUUCCCUGGCAGCUGUGGCUGCUCUGGAGCCCAUGUGUUUGGUGUGGCUCAGUGAAAGAGCCAGGGGUUCCCUGAAAGCCAAAAUGCAGAUGUUUGGAGAUGAUACGACUCAGGCUCUGAUCUCAUGAGCAACGCCCAUGAGCUGUGGGGGACAUUCACAGCCGAGUCUGGGCAGAGCUGCUCAGGCAGAUGCCUCCACCCAGCAGAAGCUCUGAGAGCUCUGGUGCCCUCCCAGAAAGGAAGGGCAAAGUGGACAUAGGCCUAUGACCAGAAAUCUCUGUAAGAAUCUCAGACAUCUGAAGACCCCAUAAACUUCUUUCCCUGCUCCCGACAGGGAGUGAUUCCUGACAUAUGAGUCCCAAGAGCUUGUUCAGUUCAUUGGAUGGCUACUGAGCACUAUAGCGUAGCAGGCCCCAUGCUACUGACACUGGCCUGGCCCUGAGGAGCUCACUUUGGGAAGGCAGGCACGACAACAGGAUUUCAACAGCACCGUGGUGUAGGAAUGAAUAGGAAUGCACAGCUCAGGGUAAGAAGUCACCAUCAUUGCAGGGCAGGGUGUCUAGGUCAGACUGGGAGGCGCCAGAGAUGACUUUGGGAGCAGAUGACCCCGAGUGGAAUCUUAGCAGGUGAGAAGGUAAUCCUCAUAGCAAUGGGAAUAGCAGAAGCAUCCGUGUGGAGCUCCUAUGUCCCUGGGGAGUAAGUUAAUGUAGGAAGUCAGUGUCACAGAAAGGGAGGAGCCAGUCCCCAAAGUUUCAGGACACAUUAAGGAUUGUGGGUUUUACCCCAGGGGUGUAGUUGUUACCAAAGGGCCUGGUGCCUCUUUCCAGCUGGAAGAGAGAGCUGUAGGGCGCUCUCUCUCUCUUUCUCUCUCUCUCCUCUUCCCUCUCAGAAUCCACAAUUUCCUCUUGUCCUGGUCCAAGAUGCAGAUUCCAGGACCCAGUUGGAUUGGAUUCCAGAAUCCAAUUGGCAAGGGUGUGGCCCAAGAAUCUGCAUUGUUGAUGACAUCCCUGCUGAUUCUUACCCAAGCUAAAAGCCAGGCAAUGGCAAAAGCCUUACCCCCAGCUUCUUGGGAAGCUAAGACAGGAGAAUCACAAGUUUGAGGCCAGUCUCAGCAACUAAGUCACACGGUGUCUCAAAAAAAUAAAAUAAAAAGGAUUGGGAUGUGG